CCAGUUUAAAGUCGGCUCUGUCCGUCACUGAAGGGUUAAACUGGGAGUUUGCAGUAGUCUCUCCUUUCUGUCCACGGCAUUUAGGGGAAAACAUCUGACUCCUGCUCGUUUUCCCGAAGCUGUGUGUGAUUUUACUCCAUUUCCGAGGCAUCACGGGAGCGACCAUCCCCGUUCGGACCGCGGGCUUCCACCAUCUCCGUGCGCUUUUCUAACAGCCUCUUUACACAACCUAUUCAGCCAGUGUAGCCUCUGGAGCUGGUCCUAAAGAAAAACAACAAGGAAAGCAUGUGUGGGUGUUGAGAGUCAUCUGCUCUGUUGACCUCGCUGACCCCAGAACACAGAGCUGCUGUCUUUUUGACCCCAGACUGUCCACUUGUCCAGUUGAGGCUCACUCCGCACCAUGUCCGCAGAGGUGGAGAACAGCGCGCCCGUCCACGCUGAUCCCAGUGUCGCCUCGCCGUCUGCAGCCUCGUCCUGCGACUCCCCUCCAAACUCACCUGCGACAACCCCAUCCAAGGCCGCGUUCAAGAAAGAGAAAAAGAGAUUUCCUGAAAAGACAGAUGAGUACCUGCUGGCCAGGUUUAAAGGAGAUGGUGUGAGGUACAAGGCCAAGCUAAUCGGCAUUGACGACGUCCCAGAGGCCAGAGGAGACAAGAUGUGCCAGGACUCUAUGAUGAAACUGAAGGGCAUGGCAGUUGCCGCUCGGUCUCAAGGUAAACAUAAACAGAGGAUCUGGGUCAACAUUUCCAUGUCGGGCAUUAAGAUCAUUGAUGAAAAAUCCGGGGUGAUCGAGCAUGAACAUGUGGUGAAUAAGAUCUCCUUCAUUGCAAGAGAUGUGACGGAUAACAGGGCAUUUGGAUAUGUUUGUGGAGCAGAAGGACAGCAUCAGUUCUUUGCCAUAAAGACUGCACAACAGGCAGAGCCCCUGGUCAUUGACCUGAAAGAUCUCUUCCAGGUCAUCUUUAACAUGAGGAAGAAAGACUCACAGGCCUCGCAGAAAGAAACAAAAGGUGAAAAUGGCAGUACGGUAGUUGAGAAUGGAGGUGACGCCUUGCUAAGUAUGGAUGAUGCAAAAACUGCCCAACCAGUGGAGCAGCUUGACCUUUUUGGAAACAUUACGACCCCCCCAGACAUCCAGGCUCCAAAUGACGCUAAUGAUAUUCUCUUGCUGGACUUUUCUGCUGAAGUUGACAGUAAUCAGAACUUUAUAAAGGGAAAUUCCUUUGUUACUUCCUGUGCCCCUAACCAAAGGGCAUCUCUCCAGACAGAGAAUCCCUUUUCUACAACAUUUGGCUAUUUUCCAACUCCAGACAGUGACCCGUUUAGAGAUGACCCCCUUUCCAAGUCACCCACUCAGUCCAUCCAUAAUUCUUCACAGAUGUCCUUUAACACUACCAAUCACCUAAACAACGCUGCUGCUGACAACAUUAAUAAUACAAUUAUUAACAGUGUUUUAAACGUAGACUCUGAUCAUCUCAGUCAGCAAAUAAAUGGUUUAACCAGUAAGACAAUGAUCCACGCUCUCAAUAAUGGCCACUGGCCGUUAGGAGGCAAGAUACCUCAAAACAACACAAUUACCAUGAUGGAUGGAAAUGAUUCUGGACCGGCUCUCUCAACCAGAAACCCAUUUUUUGGCACAUCUUUGAAAACGUCCUCUGUCGCUAAUGGCAUAUCUCAUGACCCGCAACCCCCAGUGACUCAUAGCAAGGAUUCAGUUGUCCUAAACCCACCUCCGCAGAGCUCUAAGGCUGGACGAGGUCGAAGGAGCACAAAGUCUACAGCAAGUGACCUAUUUGGAGCAGACCUGUUUGCUGCUCCAGCUCAGUCUGAAGGGUCAUCUGUUCCAGGUGACCUUUUCAACAGUACACCUGCUAACUCCACUCCAUCCUCCAUAGCUGCUCUGGGAAAUCUACAGUUAGGCCCUCCAGCUCCAGCUCCCUGCACCACCAGUGUCCAUGCUACAGGCAUGUGGGGAGCACCCACUGUUGCCCCAUCCAUGUUCACCAUGCCAGGAAUGAUGCCUCCAGGUCCAAGGCCUGCCUACCCUCAGCCAUCUGCCUUUGGUGGUCUACCCAUACCACCCACAGCAUGGGGCCAGCAAAUCCCAGUUCCGUUUAACCCUCCUCUUUCCCCACCCCACCUAGACUGGGGUCAGCCUCCACCAGGUGGUGCGCCUGGUGCUCCAGGUUGGGGUCAGCCCUCCACUAAUCCUUUCCACGCUGGCCCUUUCGCUGCAAUGGGGGACCAGCAAGGUCCAUCACGCCCUGCUCCUAGACCUCCUGCUAAGGAGGCUCCUCCAAAGGUGCAAAACAGUGCCUUCACAGCUUUGGACCCCCUUGGAGAUAAAGAGAAGAAGACUGGAAAGGAUAUGUUCAAGGACUUCCAGCUGGCCAAGCCCCCCGCCAUCCCAGCGAGGAAAGGGGAACAAGUUUCCAACUCUGCUCCUGCACCCAGCAGCAACGAAGGGGGUGCGUUUGAUCAGUACUUUUCCAGUAAAGUGGGGGUGGCUCAGGAUGCUGCAGAUCAUGAUGACUUUGAUAUCAGUCAGAUUUCAUCAACUGCUAAUGAUGCUCCCAAACCAACACCUGUUCCGGCUGCAGCCCCAGCUCCAAGCCUUAACCCAGGCCUUCUGGAAGCUGCCUUCUCUCCAGCUCCCACAGCAAACAAUUCAGCACCAGCCCAGGGGCAAGGCGUCAGUCAGGACAUGUUUGAUGAAGCAUUUGGAGCUCCAAAUUCAAGUCCAUUUGGACCACCGCCUGUUGCUGUGAGCGCUCCAGUUGGUCAGAGCUCUGGUUCAACAGCUGCCUUUGGGGAUCCUUUUGGAAACCCUUUUGCUUGACCAUAAACUUGUACAAUUGACAUUGAGUAAAUGAAGAUAUUCACAUGGAACACCAUCUUUAGGACAAGUUGCUGCAAAGUGCUCAAGUUGCUGCAAAGUGCUCAAGACAAUCCCAAUAAUGAACUCUUUUUCAUAAUUGUCCUACACUUUUCUACUUCCACUCCUGAUGUCUUUGUUUUUGCAUCUAAUCAGUAGUUUCGUAUUGCUGAAGACCACUGAUCUAGAAGAUGAAGUCAUGAUCUGCUGAAGGAAAGAACAUGUGUGAUAGAAGGAAUGUCCAAGGAAGUUAACUGCUGAUGCUGUCUGUACUAAAGAAAUAAAAUAAUUAAAUCACA